AUGUAUUGCCAAGGUUUUGCUCUAGCCUUUGCUUGCGCGUUGGUCAAGACCGCCGCCGCGGUGAAGACGAAGAACUUCAUCUAUAUCGUGCCUGAUGGAUACGGCAUCUCCUCACAAGUUCUUGCCCGCGAUUUCUACAGUAUUACCAACGGAGAAGGCACAGUUGCUCGACCAAACACUGCAGCUCUCGGCGUAGACAACAUUGUCAUUGGGUCGGUCAAGACGCAGGCUUCUGACAACCUUGUUACAGAUUCGGCUGCAUCCGGUACUGCAUUUGCCGCCGGUAUCAAGACCUACAAUGGAGCCAUUUCUGUAAAUGACGAUGGUCUGCCGGUGGCGUCUGUCCUUGAAGCAGCCUAUCUGGAUGGAUUGAAGACCGGCCUUGUUGUUACAUCUCGCAUCACUCAUGCUACUCCAGCUGUGUACUCUGCGCAUGUCCUUCACCGAGACUCUGAGAAUGAGAUUGCCGCGCAGCAGAUUGGAAAGGCGCACCCAUUUGGUCGCUUCGUAGAUAUCCUCAUUGGCGGCGGUCGCCAGCAAUACCUGCCCACUUCUGAGGGUGGUGCACGUGAAGACGGUGUGAAUCUCAUUAAUUGGGCUAUUGAGAAGGGAUACACCUACGCCGCCGAUAAAUCGGAUUUUACCGAGGUGCAAACGGAGGGAAAGCUGCCUCUGCCAUUCCUAGGCCUCUUCACAUCCAGCCACCUGACCUACGAAGUCGAUCGUGACAUCGAAAAGGAACCGUCCCUGCUCGAGACCACAAAGGCGGCCGUCGAUACUCUCGAGGAUGCUGUGAAGGACUCUGACAAGGGAUACUUUCUCAUGGUCGAGGCCUCUCGUAUCGAUCAUGCGGCUCAUUCUAAUGAUGCCACCAGCCACCUGCACGAGAUUCUUGUUUUCAACGAGGUGAUGCAUUACCUCAAGGAAUACGUUGAUGCGCAUCCCGAUACGCAGAUCCUUUCUGCCGCCGAUCACGAGUGCGGUGGCUUGACCCUCAUUGAUGGCUACGACCCCACAUCCUUGGCAAAGGGGCAGUCUUCUGGUGAGAGGGCUGCCCGCGCUUUGGAAGCAUACAACGGAAAUGAUCCUGCUAGCCUUCUCCGUGAUACAAUCCUCCCCGGGAUGGGUCUUUCCAAGUAUACCGACGAGACUGUCGAAAGUUUGGUCAGGAAGCAUGCCUCCAGUGGCUCAGAGGCCGUGGGAAGAGACUUGGUCGAACGCUUCGCGGCCGAGGCCGGCAUCAACUGGUCUACUGGUGGGCAUUCUGCUGCCGACGUUGUCCUUCACGGGUAUGCAGGUGAAUCCCAAGCAGAGCUGCGCAAGGAGAUUGGUGGAUUCCGUGACAAUACCGAGCUUCCUCAGUACGUGGCCAAGUCUCUCGGUCUCGAUCUGACAGCGGCCACACAAAAGCUCCGUUCCAAUGGAACCGAGUGGGUUCAGAAACGUAGCAUGCUCACUGAGAUUAAGAAGAGAGCAAAUGAGGCUGCUCGAGCUCACUCUCACGAGUCCUGGCUAAACUAA